AUGUUUGUCAUCGCCUUUGGACUCUCUGGGCACAUUCUUCCAAGGUUCGUGCCGAGUCAGUGCACCUCAGAGCAGGGCAUGUGUACGCCAGGCGUUUGCACCUGCCCGUUCCCUCUGAUGAAGCGGGAUUUGGUCACACAGGAUGCACUGGCCUGUUCCCAGUGUGUGGAAGAAUUUUGCCCAGCAGUGGCCGGAGGUGCUUCAACGUGUACUGAAUCCGCCUGCGCGUGCGAAGAUCCUUCUUGGCCCAGGAUAGAUGUUGGCCCACCAGGGCGACCCUGUUGGCAAUGCGUCCGGCCACAUGUUGACAUGACGCUUCGGUCAUCACGUGCAGAUGAGACAUGCCUUCGCGUGAUUGAUGACACUGAUGGUGUCCAGCUUGCAAGCUCGAAUUCAAGCUCUUGUACAGUGUUCCGUUUCAACGGCGCUUCAAUCUUGGCCAAGGCACACAACAACAGCUGUCUUACGUGGACAGAUUCUUGGAGCUUGGUGCCUUGUGGGCUCAAUGCCACUAAAUUUGUGCAGCGCACGGUGUCAAAGGAAGAGGCUGGUCGGAAGGACCUAUUUUGCGUGGACAGGCGAAAGCAGCUCUGCUUACAGGCUAUUGAGUACAUGUGCACAACAGAUCCUGCGCAUUGCAGCAUGGGCACAUGCCGGUGCGAAGACUCCUCGCACGUGCGAAAGGAAAUGCAGACAGCCAAUCGGUCUGUGUGCUAUGUGUGUGCACCUCCAGUACCAAGUUGCCCUGUGUCUUUAGAUUCCUGCAUCACGGGUCCGUGCGAGUGCCAUGAUGGCUUGGUUAAGGUUCACCUUGGGGAAGACUGCUACAGCUGUAGAGAGGAGACUCCUCCAACAGGACUUGCGUACUGUUGGUCCCUAGCUUCAGCUGUCACACAGUUAGUCGGCUGCGUUGCGCUGGUAGUUGCCAUUGCCUGCGCAGUGCGUCAUGCUGUUGUUGGAGGAAUUGGGCAGGUGUCUGCAAGCGUUCGACGUCGACGAAAUGCUGCCCCAAGGACAUGGUCUGAACAGUGGGCUCUCUACCUGCAAGAGGUCUAUGAGGCCGUCUGUGAAGGCACCCAAGAUUGGCAGUUCUUGCAGUUUGCAUGUGGCAGCGUGUGCCACUUGCUGGACAUGUGUGACGAUGCUUUAGAUCCAGUGUAUGUCUUCUUGGAGAAUAGCUUGGAUGCGAUGCAGGGCGGCAUGGCCACAGGCUUUCAGGCCGUUUGUGACGGCACCCGAGAUUGGCAGUCCUUGCAAUCUGCAUGUGGCAGCGUGUGCCACUUGCUGGACAUGUGUGACGAUGCUCUAGUACCAGUGUACGUCUUCUUGGAGAACGGCUUGGAUACGCUGCAGGGCAGCGUGGCUACAGUCUUCCAGGAUCUGUGCGGCAAGAGAGCCGUGGUUGAUGAAUCCAAGAAGCGCAUCCGAAAAGGAGAGUGCCAGCGACAGAAGGCGACAGCCAGGCGCAAAACUGGUCAAAGUGAUCCUGGGAAGGACCGGGGUGCCCACCAAGACGCGGAAGUGCACAACGCCAGUUUCAAGAAUGCUGCAGCGGCAGCAAAGGCUGCGCAGCAGUCCAUGCAAAAGCCUCUCGAAGAGGAUCCUCCACUGGAUGAAGCAUGGAUUGCUGCUAUGGAGCGCCAAGAGGAGAAAGAGAAAGAGGCAAACAGAGAGCGUGCUGCUGCACAAAGGAGGGAACGUACCCAUGCUGCGAGGGCAAGGCGUGCUCGGCACGGCUCUGAAGGCGCGCAAGAAGCCAAGAGUGACCAGAUGGACAGCCACCUCCAGGCUUCCGUUGCGGCUGAGACUGUGGACGCGGAAAGCCCGGAGGAUGAUGCAGCUGGAGGCGAGGCCGGCGAUCAGCAAGACGAUGUGCCCUCACGCGAGGAGGCCACUCCUGAAGUCCUCUUAGCCACAGAAGGAUACGGCGAAACAGAGGAGGCAGAGGAAGGAUGGAUCAAGAGCUCCGCGGCGAAGAUGCGAGGUGGCAGGAGAAGAGGCGAGCGAAGCACUGCAGGUGUUUCACAGACUCACAGCCGUGCUGCAGUUGAGCCGCAAGCAGAAGAGGAGGGUACUGUGCAGAUGGACCUGCAGCCAGACGAGCCUGAGGAGGUGCAAGGUAGGGAGCCGUUGGAACGGCAGACCGAACCAGCGGAGACCCCACAGACGGCUCAAGAUGCACCCAGCGCCCUUUCCAAGCGGCAACGGCAACGCCUGCGGCAGCGCCAAGCCACGGAAGAUGCACGAGCAUCUGGCCGCAAGCCAGAGCGGCCCGAGGCCCGCGCCAAGAUGGCCGCCAAGCCUGCCUUAGAUACGACCACGUCUACGGAUGCUCCGGCGCUCGAAGAAGCCGAAGAAGGAGCCACAGCAUCCACUGUGGCCUCGCCUGGCGCCUCUUCCUCGGAUCACGUCUCAGCAGACGCCUCGAAGGUGCUCAGCUCGAAGGCUCUUGGUCCACUGGAGCCUCAGCCAUCUUUCGCUGACAUCGUGGCUGGCAGACCACCAAGGUUGUCGGGAGACGAACCGGAGAGCCUGAAGGCCACGGAAGAGUUGCAGUUUGCGGUGAAUGCUCCGGAUUUCGUGCCUCUUGCAGCCAUGACUGAGAUGCCGUUUGAGGGCAUCGUCUCCUUGUACCCGGUCCAGGGAGUGGAGAACAAUACUGGUUAUUGGACUCAGGACAUGAUCAAUGGCCCAGUCACAUUUCCGUUCCAGUGGUCUUGCGAUCCAAAGUGUUUGUCCGAGCUUAGUGGCAAGUCCUCCCCGGAUGUCGACGACCAAAUUCAGAAGGUGAAACUUUGUGUGAAGGUGUCAUGUUUGCCAGCUGACACGAUACCCUCGUGCUUUAUCAAUCAGCUGGAUGCGUGGGGUCUUGGAGGGACAUACGACUUUGUGCAUGUGGUGAAAGACGGUGACGUGUGCAUGGCCUUCGUCAAUUUCAUCGAUCCUGUAUUCGUCAUGCUGUUCACUUGCAUCUGCCAGGAGUAUAGCUUCCAAGGGAGCAUCACUAUGGCUGAUGUGCAGGGGCUGGAGGCCUUGAUUGCACAUUGGUCAAACAACAAUGCCCAGAGCAAAAACUGCCAGCCCGUGAUCUUCCCGAAUGCAAGGCCCAAUCAAUGGGCCGUAAACACGGUGAACAACAUGCUCUUGCCGCACCCAUUGAAAGAUCAGUUUCGGAAGACAAAAAUGUGUGCUUACAACAAGAAGAAGAUGUGCGAAAUGGGUCCUGGAUGUCCCUACGCACACUCCAGAGGAGAAUUGCAGCCAAUGCCAGACUUGGUAAAGACCAAGCUUUGCUACAACUUCUUCCAGAGGAGAUGCACAGAUGCGAACUGCAAGUUUGCCCACGGCUCCGCGGAACUGCGGUCCGUGUGGACGCAGAUGCCGUAUGGCACCUGGCCGAUCGAUGAGGCUGGCAAGUGGAAUCCCCUCGGCGAGGAGCCACCAGCAGUGAGCCGGGAGACUGCGACUGCUCUUUGGGACGUCUUUGUUCUGUUCGGUACCAACUUUCAGGACAUCCAGAGCGCACCAUGGAGGAGUGCUUGCACGAGUCGCGACAAAGGCGAUGCCGUUCAGAGCGAAGCGUUUUCUGAAGAAGGCAGAACCAGAACUUCCACAAGAACCUCCAGUCUGGAUGAGGAAGGGAAGGUUCCACUCCGCGUCCGCAACACCUUUUUGGAAGUCAUGCAGGUUGACACGGAUGACGAAGAAGAUGUUGGAAAACAGCCUUCCAUGAAGCGGUCUUUCAGUGACAGCCACAUGGAAACUCUCAGAGAGGCGAUGCACGAGGCAAGCGACCUGUAG